AUGCGGCCGGCGGCUGCCGCGGUGACCGCCGCCGCGGCGGCCGGGUGUCUGGCGCUGGCGGCCUCCGCGGUGCUGCUGGCGCGCGCGCGCCUGCUGCGCAGGCGCCCCGCCGCGCUGCUCGGCCUGCUGGAGGGGCAGAGGACCCACCGCCGCGAGGAGCUGCAGGCUCUGCUCGCGCUCCUGGGCGAGGACGGCGACAGCACGCUGUCCCUGAAGCAGAAGCUGCUGGCUGCGUGGUGCUACCCAAGCAUUAGCGACAUGCGCAACGCGUUCAAACUUGUUCUGAAGCUCCGCCGAUAG